UUGCAAGAGACGGUUUCACGCACUAGUAAUACACAAUUGCCAUGAAAAUAGCCGUGCUCGGAGCGACUGGUCGCACUGGUAUCCCAUUUGUUCGACAAGCACUUGAUCAGGGUCACCAUGUUGUUGCCGUUGUCAGGAACCCCUCUAAACUUACCGUGCAACAUGAAAAUUUACAGAUAGUGACAGCAGAUAUAUUCUCUGAAGAGUCCAUGGUUCCACACUUCACUGGUUCGGAUGCCGUAGUAUCUUGCCUAGCUAGUCUCACGUUGAGUAAAUCAACAUUUUUUCUAGACUCGUGUAAGAUAAUUUUAUCCGCAAUGAGAAAAGCUGGUGUCUCCCGAUUUAUGCCGAUGUCUUCCUGGUGCACUACUUGCCGGGUAGAUCAGACUCAGUCGAAGCGAGCUGUCUCCACUGCGGCCCCCGGUGGAACAAACACGAAAGCAUCGUUUGCAUUCAAACACGUCUCUUCCGGGGAACCCCCUGUUCCCAGCUGCGGCUCUCCCACUGAUUUGGGUGAGGCCGAGGCUCAGUGGAAAGCAGGCAGUUUGCUCACGUCAGAUACAGCCGGUACCUCGGACAGCCCCUCAGAGUCUUCCAUCUGUAACGACUCUGUGAGCCAUGCCUUUGGGGUGAUACAGAGUAUCAUCAAUCCUAGUGAUACGAUGUAA